AUGGCCGACGUACCCAUGUACGUCAUUUCCGAGAAUGCCUCGUCUGAACGUCGCAUCACCCCGUCGUGGAGCAUCGAUACGUUCAAGACAAAGCUCGAGCCCAUUACGGGAAUCCCCCCGUCGGCUCAGCGUCUCAGUCUCAAGAGCUCCAAGGCGGCCGAGAGCGUGCCCCUGGAGGCGGCAGAUGAGGAGAGGACCUUUUUGAACAGCUUCCCACUGGCUGCAUAUGGCGAGAUUCAUGUAGCUGAUACCCGUCCCGCGGGUAUGCGCGUCAACUUCAACGACACGUCGGGAGUGGAGAGAUAUGUCAUGCCCGAGGAGGAAUACUCGAAGAAGACCGAUUCCGUGCUCGCCUGGAAAAAGGCGCAGAAGCUCGGCCGCUUCGAUCCCAACGCGCCGGAUCAGGAGCAGGCGCGUCUCGCUGCCCUCGAGCAGGAGAUUGAGCAACGCGGCAUCGCGGUCGGCAGGCGGUGCCGGGUCGGCGGCGAGGACACGCGCCGCGGCGUGGUGCAGUACGUGGGCGAGGUGGGAGAGAUUCCCAACGGCGCGGGCCCGUGGAUUGGUGUGCACCUGGACGAGCCCGUGGGCAAGAACGACGGCAGCAUCGCGGGCAAGCGGUACUGGGGCGCCGAGUCGGCGAUGAAGCACGGCGUCUUUGUGCGGCCGGAGCGGGUCGAGGUGGGCGACUUUCCGGCCAUGGACGACUUGGAGGACAUGGAGGAGAUUUGA